UGACCUUUACUCAUGCUCCAACCUGUUUUCCUCUGCACCCAGGGACCUCAGGCUCACUUUCACUCACUGCCUCACCAUGAAACCAUGGAACCGUGCCUGCUGUGUGGGACUCUUUCUAACUACUCUUUCCCUAGUCUGCAUCGUGGCCAAUGCCUUCCUACUGGUUCCUGAUGGGAAGACCUGGAGCAGUGACCAACUCAGCAUGCAUGUCUUGCUCAUGCCUGGCUUCAUCGGCGGGGGAUUGAUGGUGCUGUGUCCAGGAUUCAGAAUGGUUCUGGCAGCAGUUGAACAUCCCAACUGGAUUCCAUGUUCCUGCUGGUGUUCAGUCUUCGGAAUGCUUGGUGCCAUCUACUGCCUCUCAGUGUCAGGAGUCGGCCUCAGAAUUGGACCCAAAUGCUCCAUAAACGGCGAGUGGGACUAUCACUUCCAAGAAACGGCAGGCACUUACUUGAAGAAUGAUACUUCCUGGAAUUUGUGUGAGGAACCACUCAAAGUGGUGCCCUGGAAUGUGACGCUCUUCUUCUUGCUGGUCGUUUCCUCCUGCCUGGAGAUAGUGCUGUGUGGCUUACACCUGGUGGUAGAGCCCAUUCAUGCUCCAGGAGAGAUCCAAAAGACUGAGGACAUCUUAGGCAACUUCCAGAGGAGGUAAAGACCUAUUAAUUUAGAACUUGAAAACUUCAGGAUUAGAAUAUGGCCCUCCUUGCUCUGAGUCUUAUUUUUGAAAAGAGACAUGAUUUUCUUUUUCUCUCCUUCCUCCCCCUUCC